AUGCUCACAGCAACUACUGUUGUUGCUGCUUACUCUUAUGGCCACACUUCUCCCUCGCCCUCUAAGUACUACAAGUCACCUUCGCCGUCAAAGUACCAUGCCCAAGUAACGGUCUCUUACAAACAUUAUCCUUCACACUAUUACAAGUCGCCUUCGCCAUCGAAGUACCAUAGCCAUUCACCAAACGUUCACAAAUCACCUCUACCUUUGAAGCCUGAUUACUACAAAGCACCUAAACCAACAAAAUAUUACAAAUCACCUGCUCCUGCGAAAUACAACAAGCCAGUAACACCAACAAAAUAUUACAAGUCACCAAUUUACUACAAGUCUCCGCCACCACCAAAGUAUUACGAGAAAUCGCCUUCUUAUUAUAAGUCACCUCCACCCCCUCCAAUAUACUAUGAACAUUCACCCUCCUAUUACAAGUCACCUUCACCCCCACCGAAAUACUACGAGCAAUCAUCGUCUUCUUACAAAUCUCCCCCACCUCCACCAAAAUAUUACGAACAGUCACCUUCAUACAAGUCUCCACCUCCACCACCAAAAUAUUACGAGCAAUUACCUACAACGUACAGUGCACCACCUCUACCAAAAAUCUACGAGCAAUUACCAUCAUAUUACAAAUCACUACCACCACCACCACCAUCGACAAAUUACAAUAAGCAAACUCCUACCUAUGCCUCACCUCCCCCACCUGAAAAGUACGAGCAAUUUCCCACUUACAGUUCACCUCCACCUCCAUCACCGUCACCUCCACCAACCUACUACUAA